AUGGCCUGUCCAUUCUCUUGGAGACACGUGCCGGCGACUGGUUGCGGCGAUCAGGAGGAACGUCGACCCGGGGAUCACGAUCACCGAACGAGACCGCCGCGACAAUCAUCCGUGCAGAUCACGUCGUUCGUCGGCGACGAAGUCGACGAUCAAGAAGCCACGCAGACCCUGAACCUGAAGCACCUUAGAGCGGCGGUCCUCGUUCUUACCAAUCCCUCGGACGAAGCUAUUGCGACGGCUCUUGGAACGGUGGUGAAAAAGGAGAAGCUGCCGAUCUCGACGUCGGCCGCCUUGAACAAAUUACUCGACAAUCCCGAUACCGAUGUCAACUACAACCUUCUUCAGGACGUCUACGAAACCCUGAAUUGCAGUUGUGACACGGAUGUAAAUAGCUUCCUGGACGAAUUGGGUCAGGAAUUAAUAGCGACGGCGUGCGUCGGAAUCCUGGAGCGAGCCUUCCGGUGUCUGGGCGACGAUUUGUCCACCUUCCUGAAGACCCUCGACGGGGUGAACGACGUCGUUCAGCAUCAGUCGGGCUCGGAAAACGAGGCCGAGUUCGUAUGCACGGAUAACCGAGGAGCCCUCGAGCUGCACUUCACGACCGAACACCCGCCGGUUGCUUACCUUUUGGUUGGCAGCCUGAAAGGUAUUGCGAGGCAGUUCUACAACGACAAAGCCGACGUCCGCGUUCUACCCGACGCUUAUAACUCGAAAUUCUUCAGAUAUCGAAUAACACCGGAAAGAUACGAGAAGACGGUUGGGGACGAGGAAGAAGAGGAGGAUGAGGGGGAUGAUUGCGACGUCGUAUCGGGCGGCUUCCAACCGUUGUCAAAGCACGCUUCGGACCUGAUGGUCGGCGUGACGAGCUUCUGCAAGGCUUUCCCCUGGCACUUCGUCGUCGACCGAAGACUCGAGCUCGUCCAGCUGGGCGCCGGUUUCAUGCGGAUAUUCGGGCACCUCUUCAACAGGCUGGGAAUGGACAUAUCGACGUACUUCGCCUUCAGCCGACCGAGGGGCGUGACGAUCAGCUUUCACGAGAUCCUGAAGCGCGCCAACACGCCGUUCGUUCUGACGCUUCGAAAGCCGCCAGGGGUUGAAAAAUUCGCGGCUGAGGGUCUGGAGCUGAAAGGUCAGAUGGUGCACUGCCCGGAAUCGGAUUCCAUCCUGUUCGUCAGCUCGCCCUUCCUGAACGGCCUCGAGGGCCUGACUGGCCGGGGCCUCUUCAUCUCGGACAUUCCGCUCCACGACGCUACCAGGGACGUGAUUCUGGUCGGCGAGCAGGCAAGAGCGCAGGAUGGCCUCAGACGACGCAUGGAUAAAUUGAAAAGUUCCAUCGAGGAAGCGAACCGUGCUGUAGACGCGGAAAGAGAGAAGAACGUCAGUCUGCUCCACCUUAUCUUCCCGCCAGACAUAGCGAAGCGUCUUUGGCUGGGAGAGCCGAUCGAAGCUAAGACCUACGCCGACGUGACGAUGCUAUUCAGCGACAUCGUCGGCUUCACUGCCAUUUGCUCAACCGCCACCCCGAUGAUGGUCAUCAACAUGCUUCAGAAUAUAUACGAGAAAUUCGACAUAUACUGCGGCCAGUUAGACGUCUACAAGGUCGAGACGAUCGGUGACGCCUAUUGCGUCGCCUGCGGACUCCACAGGAACACGAAAACCCACGCUCAGCAGAUCGCCUGGAUGGCCUUAAAGAUGAUCGAGACGUGCUCUCGGCACCUGACACACGACGGCCGACCGAUAAAGAUGAGAAUCGGCAUUCACACGGGGACAGUACUGGCGGGUGUGGUUGGCAAGAAGAUGCCACGUUAUUGUCUUUUCGGACACAACGUCACGCUGGCGAACAAAUUCGAGUCAACCAGCGAGCCCCUGAGAAUAAACGUCAGUCCAACGACUUAUCCGUGCCUGACGGAAAGACCCGGUUUCAUCCUGGAACCAAGGACCAAGGACAAUCUACCCAAAGAAAUACCGGCCAGUUUACCGGGUACGUGUCACUUCUUGAACGGCUAUAAACACGGGGAUGUCGAGGACGACGCGCCCCUUGACGAUCACGUAAACGCGGCCCUAGACGAGUUGGGCAUUUGCAACGGCACGUAGAAGUCGACCUGUCCCAAAUAUUAUACAUACUUAUAAGUAUACACGUACACAAUAUUUGUAUAGCUAUCAUGAUCGUGUAAUAACAAGAGUUGAUCCGCGUACAACGUAUAUGUAUAUACAUAUGUAUACAUGUGCUAUGUUACGCGAGGAAAAUUCUCUGCUACUGUACCACGCUAAAUUAUGCUAUCAUAGACUCACACCGUCGUAUAUACAUAUACACAUUAUGUACUAUUAUUACGUAUACUGUAUCGCUAAUACAAUAAUAAUAAUAAUAAUAAUAAGAAUAACAAUAAUGAUAAUGACGAUAAUGGUUAUGGUAUUAUGUAAUGAUAAAUGUCCAGUGAUUGAGUUAACAUUGGAAAAUAUAAUUAUAUAACGACAGAUGAAGAAUGAUACCGCAAGUAAUAUGUACUACAGUAAGGAUAAUUUGAACAAAGAAAAAAUAU